AUGGCACAGAAUAAAUCUCCAACAAAACCACUACCACUACUCAGCGAUAAGCAGCCUGGUAGCAUCCUGCCUUUCAAAGUUGCAAGUACCUUCGGCGCAGGGGUAUACUUCUACCCGUUCGCGGAAAUCAACAACACAUUAAUCAAUUACGAAGUUGUGAAUAUCGACAGGCUCUCUCGGGACUUAAGAUCCUGGGAAAACUUGUAUCUUGCGGGACGAAUGCAGAAGCCUAUUCGACUCCUGCGGGACGAUGCUGACAUCCGCAAGGCCGGGUAUGAUAACCUUGUACCUGUGGCUCGGAGUGCGUUGCUCUUGCGUCCGGUGGGGCUUAAGAAGGGAGAUUUGUACACUGUUAUUGCUGGGUUAUUAUAUGCGUGUGACUCGUGGAUGACGGUUGGUGGUGAUAAUCCGCAUAAGGAAGUAGAGAUGGCGAUUCAGCAACGGUUUGAUGGCCGAGACUCAUUUAAGAGUAUCAGAAGUGCAAUAGCGGCCGGAGUUUUGAAGUGCUGGACAUACGCAUUGGAAAAGAGACGGAAGGCAGUGGUUGGAAAUUAA